AUGUCCGCCCUCCAGAGGCUGCAGAAGCUGUCCGAAGUGCAGUGCGUGCUGCUGGCCGCCCAGUAUGCCACCGAAUCGAACGUCGCCGCGCUGCGGGCCCUGACAGCACUGCGCGAGGCCGAGCUGCCGCUUGCUCUGGUGCUGAGGGUGCUCCUCACAUUCCUGCCCGAGGGCGCAGAGCCCACAGCAUAUGUCGAGUACCUGGCCGAGCUUGCGACGGGCGCGCGACACGCUGGCGACGACCCCGCCGCCCAUCUCGACGUGGCCGCGGUCGAGGCGCUCUCCAAGUCGCAGGCGAAGAGACGGCGCAAGGAGAUGGAGCUGCUGCCGCUCGUGCACCCGCAGUACGACGGAGAAGAGCUCGCGCUCGACCCCUUUAGCCAGUUCCUGAUGCACCGCGCGCACCGCAUCGACGCCCAGACCGGCCUGCUCGACAUUGUGCCGCAGCUCCUCGUCCCCUUCCUGAGCCGCUCGGAGUACCUGCGAAGGUGGUUCAUCUCGACCGUCCUGCCGCUGCUCCGCCUGAGCUACGAGUACUACCCGCAGGGCAACCCGCAGUCCCUGGACGAGUACGCCAGGCUGAGGGGGAGGCGCGGGCUCGACUUCAAUCUCGCAAACCUCCGUGCGGCAAGGAAGGCUGGGGCCGACACAGCAAACGCUGCGAGGGACCUGAGAGGCGUCGUGUCUCCAUGGCUAUGUGGAGCCAACGACCGAAAGAGGCGGAAGCUCUCGGGUGAGAACCGCAGAGCAUCCGUCGCAGAGCAAUGCGCGCAAGAGUCGACCGACUGGGACUCGUUGUUCCAGUGGCUUCUGCACACCUCCAAGGAGGACUUGCCCCUAGUCACGGCUGCCAUAUCCGAGUGGGACGGGCCUGAGGAUAUGGACCUCGGUGGCUUCGAGGAGGGCCGCGACUAUGUGGAUGAGGAUACACAGCGCCGUCUGGAGCUGCAGUACGCGCAGACAGCGCUUGCGUGUCUCUACCUGGUCGAGGGAAGCGAUGUCAGCGCAUUGCAGACAGCCCAUGCCCUGCUCACCCGCAUCUGCAACCUCCUCCAUUGCGACCCACCACCACAUCUCAGCAUCGGCGUCGAAUCACUACCUUCAUAUGAUCUCGAGAUACCCAUAUUGCAGGACGCGACGUCUUCAAGCAUUCAGGAGGACCGACUCCUUGCAUCUGACAACGAUAUCACGAAACCUGGGCAGGACACGCUCCGCAUUAUCGAGCUGGUUCUCUUCUCCGCCUGUGUCCUGAUAAGCCUGCAACAUCCCGUUUCCCCACGAACCAUGGCCAAGAUGUCGUUGCGCGACGACUACGCAGAGCAGUCUUCGUUACUGCAGAAGGUGCUCUACACAUUGAGCACCGGCCCUAAGAAGGACGGCGAUCAGUGGCGAAGCAUUCGAGCCAAACUGCUGUGGUUAUGGAACUGGGGCACGGAUACGCACGACAACGAUCGCGUGGGCCAGGGAAUUUUAGGGAUGCUGGAGAAGACGACAAUCGAAACGGCGAUCCUGAAGUCGCUCAUUGAGGGCAGCCACUUCCCUCUCGCCGUGCAGGUCUACGUCAAGCCAGCGUUCGGCGAACAGCCUCUCCUGCAGUCCGACGUCGAGAAAGUCAUCCUGGCAGCGGCCUUGUAUCACUAUGACAACGCUAGCAACGGCAACCGCAACAGAGGCGGCAUGAAGCGUUGCACGGAGAUCGUUGCCGCCUUCGCCCCACACUUUCCCAAGUCGUCACGCUUUCAGCGCAUACAGGCGCUGCUCUCAGCGACACAUGCCAUGUCCUUCUAUUCGUUGAUCUUGCAGCACGGUGUGCCUUUUCAGCCCGUGAGCAUCAGGGUCAGCACAGAUCCGCUGUCACUUAUUCAGAAGCUGCUAUCGCAGAAUCCUGGUAGCUACACCAAACUUGAUGACCUAAUCUCCAUUGGUCAGAACCUGGUCGUAUCGAUGCCAUCGACCAUCAUGGACGAUACCAAGGAUGUCGGCCCGCUCGAUGCGACCACAGUCGAGAACAAAAAGACUGCUGCUGAACACCGGGUCAUUGGUAUGGCUAUCGAUGCUGCUCUAGAGGAGGGCGACUUCGAGACCGCAUACUCGUACGUCGUGAACCGCCUGACCCCAACGGUCUCACCGUCGCCAGCAGUCUCAACAUCAUCACAACGCUUCUCCUUCGACUCCAAUGCCUCAGUACAGCCGACAGACGAUGCGGACAACGUCGCAUGGCGCGCAGCCCUCCGUGCCGGACGCUUCAAGCCUGCCCUCUCCUCCUCGGGAACAUGGUUGCACGCCUCCACCGCACGACCCGACCUCCGCCGCCUCGAGCAACGCAUGGAGCUCCUGUCGCAAGCGCUCCUGCUCGCCCCACCUCCCCAACUCGAGGAAGUCCUGGACGUAUGGCAGCAGUGCGAGGCCGAAAUGACGGAGCUCCUUGCACUAGAAUCCGAGGCAGAACAGCGUUUCAAUGAUGCCGCUGACCGCAAGCUGCCUGGCGCCUUCGACACGGGCUCCCUCCCCACCGUGCAGCCGCGCCGCGAAGUUGGUCGCGGUGCAGUCGAAGAGUCGCCCAUGGGCUUGUUUGACGUCGCGAGAGGCGCCGCUGCGGCCUUCUCCAAGACCGCGUUCCCGCUACGCAGCAACACGACGUCAUCGAGACCCGAGUCGCGCGACACGGGACGCGUCAGCAUGGACCUCAGUGAUUCCGACAGUAUGUACGGACACGAGGAGCGGGUCAGGAAGAGAGACAUGCUCGCGAACACGGCGACUGGAGCGCUACAGUCAGGCCUUGGCUGGAUGUUGGGUAAGUGA